CUGCAGGCUGCAGCUGCAUACAAAGAUGAUCCAUGGGCCAGGUAAUAUAAUUAGGUGAUCUUGGAAGAGAACAUGAGCGUCAGGAGAUGGAGGCCCAAAUGGAGGAGAUGGGCUUCCACCAGCAGAAGCAGAAACGUCUCAAUCAAUCAAUCCUCGUCGGCUUCUUAGGGAUUCCAUUCCCCUCCCCCUCCGAUCUCCGCCGCCGCCGAUGGACCGCGACGGCCGCCCGGGAUGGCUGCCGUCGCUGGGGUUCGCCUUCCUCAGCUUCAACUGCGGAAUGGCCGUCUACCGCUCCUGGCCCGACACCUCAUCCGUCGCCUUCGUCGCCGUCGCCUACCUCGCUCUCCUCCUCCUCUUCCGCUGCCUCCACCUGCUCGAGCGCGCACCUCCAGGCCGCGGCCAACAGGGGCAAGGGAUCAAGCUCGCCGUCUGGGGCCUCUCCACGCUCCUCACGCUCAUGUUCUCAUCCAAGGUCGCCGCCAUCAUGCCGCCCUGGGCGCAGCUGCUCGUCUGGGCCAUGGGGAUCCUCACCAUCGUCGCCGGAUUCUACGCCUUCUUCCUCGCACGACCAUGACCGCCAUCCUUCACCAUCACAUACAUGAUUGGGCUUGAGCCCCAAAUAAUUGAAAGAUGGAACCCGUGCUAACAUGCAAAACACCGUUGGUAGGCCAUCUGCUUUGAGGGACUAGCUAGAUGAUGGAAAGGAACCUGUGUUAACAAACAUGAUGCAGAGUAAGAUGGAACCUGUGUUUUUCAGUAAAAUAUAUAUGGUCAAGUAUAAGCAACCUCCCA